UCCGGCCACAUUGAGCGGGAAGCAGACUCCAGUGGGCGUGGUGUGAGACGAAAAUCGCAAGCCUCGCACACCCUGGUUCUUCAGUGAGCGACGAGCAGAGGAACAACGACACUAGUGAGCGCCACCAGGAUACAAACGUCAUCCCUGACGCCCAUUUGGCUGCCUGAGACCACCCGUUCAAAAUAAGGCCACAAAGGAAAAACAACUGAUCUUGAAGUUCAAGUUGAGGCAAACUUGAGGGACAAGUUGUUGUCAAAGGAAUGUGUCGUUCACACCAGAAAGGAUGUCUUCAUAUGGUAGUUUCCUGUCCAGUGAGCAGUUCCAGUGUUCCAUCUGCUUGGAUGUCUUCAAUAACCCGUCUUCCACACCAUGCGGGCACAGCUUCUGUGUUGCCUGCAUCAACCAAUACUGGGACAAAGCCAAGGUGUGUCAAUGUCCGCUGUGUAAAAGGACCUUCCAGAAGCGUCCGGACCUUCAGAUCAACCGGACGCUGCGUGAGAUCACAGAGCAGUUCAGAUCUAUAUCUGUGGGUGGCGGAGGUGGAGGGGGGCCGGUGAGAGAGAAGAAGGCAGGGCGAGUACGAGAGGGCGCCAUGUCCGACGCUUUAUUCAGUGAACUGACCAAAAAGCUUCCACGGCCUCAGGCCAACACAUCACUGACCAGUGAGGAACCAGGUGAGCCCAUCGCCUCAACCCCCCAAGUCACAACCCCUAUGGCGUCUUCCGUCCCCAACCAAAGUCCAAUCUCUGUGGUGGGGGGCAUCGGUGGACCACCUCCAGCUCCUUCCCUUUUGUCCCAGCCGUCGGGCCGAAGAAGAUUCACCGUGAGCGGGGCAGCCAGCAGCCAUCACAUUCCCAUCUGCCAGAUCCACCAAAGGGGCAUCCUGAUCUUCUGUCGGACCGAUGGUGAGUGCAUCUGUCCCAACUGCGAGGCUGAGGAGCAUUGUGGUCACGACACGGUGACAGUGGAAGCUGCAUGGACGGACAAGCAGGCCCAGCUCAAGGAGACGGAGCAGCACAUUCAGGAGAUGAUCACACAAAGACUGCGGAAGAUCGAAGAGAUCCGAACAUCAGUAGCAGACCUGGGGCUGGCAGUGGAGCGGGAGACGGCGGCCAGUGUGUGCAUGUUCUCUGAGCUGGUGGCAGCCAUCGAGCGCUCGCAGGCGGAGCUAAUUGACGCCAUGGAGGUCAAACGGAGUGCAUCCCAGCAGCUGGCAGAUUCCAUGAUUCGGCAGCUGGAGCUGGAAGUGGAGGAUCUCAAACAGCGGGAGAGCGCGCUUGCCAAACUGUCUGCCUCGGACGACCACAUACACGGCAUCAAAAAUUUCCCGGUGGUCUGCAGCCCUCUGCCUGACAAAGACUGGUCUAAUGUGUCGCUGACAUUUGACCUGGGGACGAGCGCCAUCUACAAAUCGCUAGCGGCUCAGGUGGAGAAGUUCCAGGAGCGGCUGAGGAGCGUAACAGAGACAGGUUUCAUUGCCUCACCGCAGGAAGCCAGUCCAACACGCCCACUGCCCAGGAUGAGGAGAGUGCAGGAGUAUGCAGUGGAUGUGACUCUGGACUGCAACACGGCCCAUCCCAGACUGAUCCUGUCAGACGACAUGAAGAGCGUAAGGUGCGGCGAGCGCCACCAGCUGCUUCCAGACAACAUGGAGAGGUUUGACAGAGUGGUCUGCGUCUUGGGGAGGGAGGCCAUCACCUCCGGGCGACACUACUGGGAGGUGCUGGUGGGUGGCAAGACUGACUGGGACCUGGGGGUCGCCAGACAAUCCAUCAACAGGAAGGGCAAGAUUGAGGUCACGCCAAGUAAUGGAUACUGGUUCCUCAGCCUGAGAGACAAGAACAAGUACGCCUUCCGCACCGAGCCCUCCACAGACGUCCACCUCAACCUUCGGCCCAACAAGAUUGGAAUAUUUGUGGAUUUUGACAGAGGACAGGUUUCCUUCUACAACGUGGACUGUAAAAUCCACAUCUACACUUUCAACGACACCUUCACUGAGUGCAUCUUCCCCUUCUUCAGCCCCUGCACCAACAAGUCAGGAAAGAACGACGGCCCACUUAUCAUCACGCCGGUCGACAAGUCGGACUGACGGGUUUUCUUCCUUCCGCUUCAAAUUAUUCUUCAACUGGUGUCCUGAUGCCAUGAAAACUAACCUCUCGGACCCUGGCCUUGAGGUGGCCAUCUUGCUACGACAUCAGAGGUUUCCCAAAGUGCAGCCCAAGGCUUGUUUUUAUUGAUCUGUGGCACAUUGUAGAAAUUAAACAUACACCCCCCCACAAAAAAGAUCAAAAGUGUAAUGUAGCGAGGAAAAGGUGGAAUGUUGAUACUAAUAAUGAAUACUUUAUCACCUAUAGUUUUGUCUUUAUAUGUUUUUUUAAAUAAAAUAUAUGAAAAUGGCCCCCA